AUGAAUAAUUUUACAAAUAAUAAGAAUCGAAAUUCAAAUUGGAAAAUAUUCAAAGCAACUGAUUAUUCAUCAUUGAUGUAUCCAACAUUUAUACUGUGUAAAAUAAAUGGUUUUUUUCCAUACAAAAUAAAUACAACAAUUGGAUCCUCAUCAACGAAAAUAAUAUAUCAUAUGGAUAUAUCUGGAUUAAUAAAAUAUGAUCGUGUACCAUCAUCCCUACAAGGACACUGCUAUUUAUUUUUAGGAUUUUGGAUCGCAUUUGUUUCAUUUAUUCAAAAUAAUUCACGUAAAGUAUUAUUUUGUAAACUGAAUAAUGUAACAUCAGAAAUUCCAAAAUCUAAAUUAAUACGAUUAUCCAAAAUAAUUCACACUAUUGAGUUUAUUGGUAUUAUAUUUUUGUUAUUACAAUUGCCAAAUAUUUAUUCACAAAAUACUUUAAUAUUUCUUUUCCGUCUGACGGCAAUGUACUCAACGAUUAUUACUUACUGCAUUGAUAAACUUUAUAUAAAUAAUACAUGUAUUAUCGGUACUUGUUUUAUGACCAUCAAUGAAAAACUACAUAAACUUAAAAAUGAUUUGGAAAUAAAUGAAAGACAUUUAUUGAGACGUAAUUAUCAUAACAAAUGGAAUCCAUUAUUAAUGAUAAAUAUCCAAUAUAUUAUGAAACAACACAAUGAUAUUAGUAAAUUAAUUGUUGAUAUUAAUGAAAAAUUUGGAUUACAAAUUGUUGCUAGUGUUACAUUGUCGUUUAUUGAAAUAACGUUUUCGUUAUAUUUUUAUAUAUUGAAAUCUGUUGGUGUUACUGGUCUUGAUAUUGAGAGACAAAUAUGGUUUUCAUAUUUUAUUACAUCUGUAAGUUAUUAUACAAUUAAAUUGGGAUUGAUGGUUAUUAUGUGCGAAAAAUGUAAACUACAAUCAUAUAAAACUCGAGUUAUUGUUCAUGAAAUAUUGAAUGUUACCAAAGACAGAGAAAUUACUGAUGAGUUACAGAUAUUUUCACUUCAACUUCUACAUCACGACAAUACAUUCACUGCAAAAGGGCUAAAAAUAGAUGCGACUCUUCUUACAUCAAUUGUCGGAGGAAUAACAACGUAUUUUCUUAUUCUUAUACAAUUUUUAAUGGCAUCUAAAUCAUGCGCUGAAAUGCUUGAAUAA